AGUCCCUUUAAGAUAUUUAAUUAUAUAUUAAAUUAACAUUGACGAGGUACUUGUAAAUAUAUUAUUUUAAAUGAUUAAUCUUUCUAAUUAUUUUAAUGUAAUUUUAAAAUUUUAUUUCUAGCAACACAUGCCCCUAGGCGAUUUGACAUAAUUUUAAGCGUUUUGUUUCUCAAAAGUGACAUGUAUUUUAACUCCUUCGUGGCAAAUGUAUGUAACAGAGCGAUUAUGUUAUCCUGUUACACAGUUUUACGCUAAUUGAAUUGUUACCGUUUUAUUAUCAGUAAGUAAUCGAAUAACGAGCGAGUCCAAGUCACUAACGACCAAUUAUGAUAAACGACAGCAUUUCAAAAAGAAUUUUUCGAAUUUUUCAUAAUAAACUUCGCAUGCAAAAUGUUUUAUCGUACGGGAAUUUUGUUUGCUCUUAUUUAUACAGUACUCUGUACCGAGCCAAAGAAUAAAAUAGAAAGACAAAGGAUGAUGGGUGUAGAUACUGUACAUGAUAUUAAGAUCGAUAAAGAUACAAUAAUUAAUCGUAAUUUGAAAUUGGAAAGGAAAAAUCGCGCCAAAAAUUCGAAUCCUAAAAACGAAGAAGGUGAACCGGACUGGUCAUACCGCACCAUCCCAAAUGAGAUGAGCGCUCACGUGGAACAAUUCAAACGCAAUAUGACCGACUGUUUGAAGGAAGUGCAGGCAAAGGACAAAAGACCAGUGACACGUUUGUCACCAAAUAAAGAAUCACCAGUCCACGGUGAAUGUCUAAUAGCGUGCGUGUUGAAACGGAAUGAUGUAAUUGUAAAUGGAAAGAUUAACAAAGCAAAUUUGAUAUCAUUAGUGAGUAAAUUUUAUGCAAAAGAUACAAAGCUUAUGAAGAAACUUGAAAAGAAUUUGGAUCGUUGUAUAGAAAUGAGCAUUCAUAAUCGAGACGAGUGCACUAUGGCAUCACAGUUAAAUAUUUGUACAAAUGAAAUUAUGGUUAAUAAUAAACAUAACAUUAUUUUAAAUUAUUGAAAUAUUAAAUAUUAUUGACGAAUACAAACACCAUUAUGCUUUGAGUUAUAUUUUCUUGUCGUAUAUAAAUAUAAAAAGAUCUCUAUUAUAAGAAUAAACAACAAGAACAUAGAAAUAAAUGUAAUGGUAUUAUUUUAAAGUUAUUAUAUUACAUUGAAAAAUAAAGCAGCUUUUAGUUGUGUUGACGAAAUCACUGAACCGUGUAUGGAGCUUUAAAGACAAUAAAAUGUAAACAGGAUAUUAUAUUUAUUUUUUAAUUUACCUAACAAUCUGUCAAACAUCUAGAUUCUCAAGUUUGUAUAAAAACCUAUGUUUGUUUGGUAUUCUGUCUAUGCGUCAACGUU